UGGUCUGAACUCAGGGGUGCGGAUGGCGGGGGAAACGGGAUCUUUAAAUCAGAUUUGCCCCCCGGCCAGUGUGGCUUACAAUUACCUUUUUUACCUUUCUACUAACCUUCGCACCUCAUCUUCAUCCACAAUGGCACCAUUCGGCACAAUUUACUCUUACAUGCCCAGCCCUCGGGUCAUGAAGGCCCAGGCUGCGGCCAACAUCAACGGCCUCGAGCUGGCCAUCUACCCCGAGUUCGCCAUGGGCAAGACCAACAAGACCGAGGACUUCCUGUCCAAGUUCCCUCUCGGCAAGGUCCCCGCCUUCGAGGCUGCCGACGGCACCACCCUGUUCGAGUCCGACGCUAUUGCCCAAUACAUUUGUGAGAGCGGCCCCGCCGCUACGCAAUUGAUCGGUGGCACCCCUGCUGAGCGCGCGGCUAUCCGCCAAUGGAUCUGCUUUGCCCAGGGUGAGAUUUUGGACCCCGUCACUCAGCUCGCCUUGUGGCGCCUGAAGAUCCGCCCCUACGAUGAGGCCACCGAGACCAACAACCUGCAGCGCCUGGAGCGUUCGCUGCGCUGUCUCGAGACUCACCUCAAGGGCCGUACCUGGUUCGCCAGCGAGGACAAGGUCAGCAUGGCUGAUAUUACCGUUGCCUCCGCCCUGGUCUGGGGUUUCUCUAUGGUCAUCGAUGCUGAGAUGCGCGAGAAGUUUCCUCUCGUCAUCGGCUGGUAUGAGCGCCUCAUCCAGGUCGAUGGUGUGAAGGAGGCCUUUGGUGAGAAGAACUUUGUUGAGAAGCGCCAGCCCUACCAGGGUUAAAUUCGGACUUUUCUCUGAGGAUUUAAGAUAUGAUGUUAAACAUUCCAAAAGUACCAAAUAAUGAUGAAUGACAAUACACUGAUCAUGGCCGUGCACAAUGAUAAUCAC